UGUUAUAGGACCAAAUAGAUCCCACCCAUCAAAAACAUCACAGAGAAGAGAAAGCAAAAAGAGAGAAAAAUGGUUCUGCUAGAUAAAAUGUGGGACGAUGUUCUAGCUGGGCCUCAACCCGAGCGUGGCCUCGGCAAGCUUAGGAAGAUCACCACCCAGCCCUUGUCCUUCAAAGAUGACGGAGAAGGGAAAAGGUUCCAGAGGUCGUUGUCUAUGCCGAUGAGUCCAGGGGCGACGCCGACACCCGUGACACUGAUGACUCCGACGCCGCGUAAGGAAAACGUGUGGAGGAGCGUCUUCCAUCCUGGUAGGAAUCUUGCUACCAAAAGUAUUGGUGCUGAUAUGUUCGACAGGCCACAACCUAACUCUCCAACUGUCUAUGACUGCAACCAAAGGGAGGCUCAGAGACAGAAGGCAGGAAAACUUGGCUCUUUGUUUGGUAGCUGCGUGGAAAUAAUUCCUUUUGAUCAGUAGACAAACUUGUAUAUGGCUUUACAGUGGGGAGACAAAGAGCAAGCAUCGCUGAGUGAGUGGCAACUCACAGGCGACCUCGCAGAAUGCUGCUCUCGUGAGCCAGGGUUGCAUGUAAAUACUUUCUUUUUUCUUUCAGAUUUUCAAUAUGUUAUGGUGUCUUUGUUUUCUAAUGCUACUUCAAUCAUGUACUGUUGUUGUAGUAGGUGUUUUAAGAGCUGCCUAAAACUAAAAGUUGGCCCUUUUUUCGGUGUGUAGCGAUGACCAAAAUCCGGCCGCUAUAUUACUUAAAUAAAUAAAUGUAAUGGGCUGUUGUAAUGAUUUGCAUAAGUAUAUUAUUUUAAUCUAAUCAAAGUAUUAAUCUUAUUAA